AUGGGGAUUGUCAAGAUAGCAAGUCUUGAGCCUGCAGCGAAGAGUGGUUACAGUUGUGGAGAUGAGGACCUCACACGAGAGGAUAGACUGCUUCUUCAGAGCUUUCCUGACCCUGAAUCUCUUGGCUCUGAACAGGCAGAGGUCGACUGCGAGCUUGCAGCGUCCAGAGGUCAGAUGUGCAAUAUCCCCUAUGAGCUUUAUGAUCUGGGUGACUUGACAGAGGUUCUUUCUUUGGAGACAUGGAAUUCACUCCUGACGGAAGAUGAUAGACUCCAUCUAGCAGCCUACCUCCCAGACAUGGAGCAACAAGACUUCGUUACAACCAUGAAAGAGCUGUUCAGUGGCGACGCUAUGCAAAGGGAGUUACUGAUGAUGCUUCAAACACGAAGACAUUAUCAUUUUCUCAAGUGGUACCAUGAUGGUAUGGUUGGUAAGUUUGCAUCAAUGAGCAAUCUGCUGAGGAGUUCUGAUACAAGUGCUAGUCUUGGAGAGAAGGUUCCCAUCUCGCGCAACCGGGUCUAUGAGAAGCGUUUCCCAUGUGUUAGUCUUAGCAGUACCACUCCACCAGUUACUAUCAAGGAUGAAAUUGCCACUGUUUCAUCACCAAUGAAACGAGCCAAACUUAGGGAUGGUCCAUUAAGCACUCAUUGUUCAACCAGACAUAAUGAAAUAGCCCAUGUAGCCAAAUCAGCAGAAAUGAACUCGUUGGAAAGUCAAACCUUCCAUUCUCUCAGUGAUCCCAGGCAAAAUUGUAGUAAACUACCAAAAGGUGUGCUGAAAAUAAGGACUGGUUGUGCUUCUGUUAUUGAUGGCAGUGAAGGGACACAUCAUAGACAUGGACUGGUUCGAGCUGAUCAGCCAGGAACACAGAGCUCCAGAUUUUGCACUCCACCUCUUGUUUUUGCACACGAUGUUCAUGGUUUUUCCGAGCAUUCAUCUUCUCACACCAACAGAAUCAAUGGCACAUCUGCUAGUUCACAAUGUACUCCCUUACAAUGGCAGGGUACACUGGAACCUUAUGCACUGAUGGGCAAAAUCCCACUUGGAGUCCAAAUGACAGUUCCAGAGGAGCGCAGUGCAGUUUACCCUUCCAUGAUGUUAAGAGGCUUCUAUCAACCAGCAGCUAACCAUAGUCUAGCAUAUUCCAGUGAAGCAUGUGACAUCAGAGAAUGCGCCCACAUGAAAGACCUUCUGAAGAACUUCGGUGGUCAAAACAUCAUAGUCCAUCAAAGUUCUCCUGAUCCAUAUGCAAGAGUCAGGGAUGGUCAUCAAAUGAAUGGAUACUCCACAAUGCACAGUUUAAGAAAUGCUGAAAGUAUCUCAGAGAUGUUGAGCCUUGGCACAAGGAUAUACCCACCUCAAAACAAUGUCUCAGAGCAGCUGGAAACCAUGCGUAAGCACCAUGAUGGCACGAAGCUGGAGCCACCUCCUGCCAAGCCUGUUACUGAAACCGAUUUGAGACUCGUCAAUUUGCUUACACCUACGCAAGGAGGAAGCCUCACAAGUGAUCAACUAUGGCGGAAGAUACAGUGCCACCAGGUGUGCUGGACGGUAUGGCCAGCAUGA